GUGAAGUUUGAUUUUCGGAGGAAAUUCUUUUCGGCUUGUGGAUUUUCAGUUCCCGAUUCUUUGUCUGGAUUCUCGGUCCGCUAAUAGAUCUUGAUGAAGCCACGCCGCCAAGGGCGUAGUGAGGAAAUGGAGCAGAAGCACGAAUCCUCACCGCACUGCAAAAGGAUAGGGAGGCUGCGCCGCGAAAAAGCGCGACGGGCACAAGCUAGCGACGUGAGAUUGCAAAACGAUUGUUUGCAAGAAGAAUUGAAGUAUUACCGCCUCAGGCAGUGGAAUGAAGAGGCGAAGAAGGCUGAAGCUGCUGCGAAAGUCGAGCCGUUCUCAAUAGCGGUGAGAGAGGUGACCCUACCGGAUGGCAUGAGAAACCUUGCGUUGGAGACGUACGAUGGGCGAAUCGAUCCAAAAGACCAUUUGUUUCAGUUCAAUGAGAAGAUGGCGGUGAACACGGCUUCUGACGCCGUGAAGUGCAAGAUGCUUCCAUUUACAUUUCGAGGUGCGGCAAUGGCUUGGUUUAUGACUCUGCCUCAAGGAUCCAUAGCGAAAUUUCGCGACCUCUCGUCCAAAUUCCUUGUCCAGUUCUCUGCAGGAACGAUCGAAGAUUUGUUCGAUAUUAGGCAGAGGGAGCGAGAAACCUUGAAGCAGUACAUGGAGCGGUACAAUGCUGCGUCCACGAAGUUCGAGGAAUUGGAGUAUCGGACGUGCGUGUGCGUUUUCAAAAGCGGUUUGAUGGUAGGAAAGCUGAGCUGCGAGCUGAGUAGGAAACCAGCGCGCUCGAUGACGGAAGUUCGGGCCCGAGCAAGAGACUACAUCCUAGAAGAAGAGGACGACGCAUAUAAGAGGAAACGCGUGAGGGCAGCAAAGGUGUCACUGGCGAGAAAACGGAUACAGGAUAAGGAGGCAAGUAAUGUGCGGAAGGUUAAGGAAGUUGGCCAAUUCAUUAAGAAGUUCAAGGGAAAACUACUCUGUUCGGGAAAAGAGAGCAUAAAGUGUAAGCUUCCUCGGCAGACAACUAACUCUCGCCGGCGACGGAGGCCGGGGUGGCACUCGAGUGAGGAAUUGGCAAAGUCGCUCCAGGAAGCGACGUUCGCGAAAACCGGCGAGGAUGGCAAAUGCAGAAUCGAUCCUUGGCACGAGGUAAAGGGCUGGUCCCAGUGGUGUGAAUAUCACAACUUGGAAGGUCAUAACACCAGUGACUGUUUAUCGCUGAAGGGCCAAGUUAGGCAGCUGAUCAGGGCGAGGCAACCACGGGUGACAGGUCACGGAUUAGACAGGGACCAACGUGAUAGCCGAAGGCGAGCGCCAAUCGCAAGUAAAGGGAAGAUGAAUACGGUGAGGGGAAAGGAAGCGGAGGAAGCUGUCAAUGACAAAGGCGGGGCGUCAGACGAAACGGCCAACAUAAUCGCAGGGGGCUUUGACGAGGGCGACAGCACAUCGACGGCGAGGCGGAAGCAAGUAAGGGUGGUAGCAUCGGCACAGGAGUAUCCAGCUCCAUUUGGGUGCCAACACCCGGAUAUAGUAAUAUCGUUAGCAGAUUUUGAGGGAAUCAAGGCCCAUACAGAUGAUCCGUUGGUGGUAAUGGUAAGAAUUAAUGGUUUCAAUGUGCAGAGGGUGCUAUUGGACCAAGGCAGCUCAGUGGAUAUCAUCUACGGAGCGCAUUUGGACAGUUGGGUUAACAGACAAGGAUUUGAUGCCAUAUACAGGAAACCUGGUAGGUUUUUCGGGAAAGCAAGUUCAGGUGCGCGACUAUGUGGAUUUGGACACAACCUUUGGAGUGGGCGAGGACGCUGAGCUUCUAAGGGUAAGGUAUCUAGUCUUACAGGUUGUGGCAGCAUAUAACGUCAUCAUAGGACGAAACACUUUGAAUCGCCUCCGUGCGGUGAUUUCAACGGCCCACCUCGUGGUAAAAUAUCCACUACUCUACGGAAGGAUAAGGAAAAUAGCGGUAGAUCAGAGGGGGGGGCGAAGAAAUGCUACAGCAACUGCCUUGACUUGUAUGGUAGAAAGGGAGCUAGCGACGGACACAAGUGUCAUGAGAUUGAGGUCGCUGAAGGCGGACAAGAGCGUCCGGCUACACAGAGCCUGAACGACACGGGUAGGCGAGAACGGCGGGUCAGCGAAAAAGUAAAAAGGUUGAAGAAAGAGGAAAGUCAGGGCGAGGGAGCCCAGGUGUUCCGUGCUAGAACAUAGAGAGGGAAGGUAGUACCCAAAGCGUGAGGAAAGUGACGUGAAUGCUUAGAGAGAGAAACUCUAACCGCUUAGAGAGAGAAGAUGUAACUGAAUUUCAAUGCUAUUAUUUCUCAAAUGAGCUAAGAGUCCCUUACAAUUGGUAUUCCCCUCCUAUUUAUAGAGGUGGAGUUGGGCUUUGGUGCCCUUAAUCUGUCCAAAUGGGCCAGUUGGGCCUCGGGAAGGAAGGCCCAAGGUCAUGACGCGUUCCCUACCCAAGGUCAGGUCUCCUGGGCGAGGGACCCCGAGGUCUCCCCCAGUCCACAAGUCCACAAGACACCGAGCUCGAAGCAUGAGAGCUAAGUGUGUCUUUGAGCAAGAAACAAGGCGAGAGCCCUAAGGAUGCCGACUAAAACUUAAAAUCUAGAAGUGAAAAACGAUGGCCAACAUGGCCUGGUAAAUAAAGCCUUUUGCAAGCAACACUUUGGACCUUCAGCUGCGCCCUCUUCUUCCGGGCGAACCCAGUCCACAGGCAAGCUUGUGGCGACGGCUACUAGUCCGCCCGACUCGGCGUAGUUAUGGACAUGCCCUAAAUCACGACGUUUUGUCACGUGUUGCAACCUUUCCACACGUCGCGCCUUGAAGCGACGCCAAGGUCAGUGAAUCCACAGAAUCUCAACCGCUACCUUUGACACGUCCCUUCCUGUCACGUCACAACUUUGACAAUUUGAAUUUUAACCAAUCGGCAGCAACUGUUGCAGCUUUUCAUUUAAUGCGUCUUUCUCACUCCCCAGAAUUUCGCAACUGCAAUCAUGUCAUUUUCUGACGUCAUGGGGCACAACUUCUCUUUUUCCACCACAUCCCUCGGUAACCGUCCACAACUUCUUCCUACACGUUCCCUUCUGCACCUCACUCCCCGCUUAUAACAACAUUAUCUUACUAACCCCUUUCGUUCCUUCACGAUUACGAACCUUUGCUUCUUCACCCUUACGAGAACUUGUCCACUGUCAAAAUUACAUUUAUUCCUUGCAAUCCCUCUGCAAUGACUCCAAAGCGCCAGACCAAAAGUUCCAAACGUAAUGUCGUCACUGCCAUCCCUCUCUAGUGCGUUCCUCCUGUUCGCCCGCCCCCUCCAAGAGGCGUUCCUCUUGAAGAAAAAGACGUCAUUGCCUUCCGAACGAGGACUUCGAAAUCUUUAAGUGCUCCCGCCGCGAGGGCUUUGCCUGCCGGGACAAUGCCUAACCAACGGUCAAGUUUGGAAAAAGAAUCGUCCAUUUGGGAGAUUUCCACAGAAUCCGGCGGAUUUUGUCAUGAGAAACCUCUUGACAAGCUUAUGUAUGUCAGUGCCUGCUCAUCCCUUGAACGCCCUUGGCUUCGACCCAAAGACGACUUCGUGGGUGCUCCUCACUUCUUUUACGUGUAUGGGUAUAUGUUCACAAAAUUGAGGAUUAAAUUUCCUUUUUCCCCUUUUAUCUGCUCCGUUCUUCACAAUAUCAAUGUGGCUCCUAGCCAAUUUCAUCCCAACAGUUGGGCCUUCCUCCGGUGUUUCGAAAUUCUCUGCGACGCGAUUCACCAGGAACCUGAACCUUCGACCUUCUUUUAUUUCUAUCGCGUAUCUGUCCAGCCCUCCCCGCAGCGCAGCUGGGUUUCCCUGGAAGCAAGGCCUGGUCGUCAGCGCUUCAACCCUAUCUGGCCUAACGUCACCGUCGAUUUAGCCCGGAAAUUCUUCAGGGUUGUGGUGUCCCAUGAAUAUCCUGAGGUUUUCACACACGGAGAUGGCACCGCUCGAUUUCCUUUCUACUGGACUCAGGGUGCGCGCCAAAUAAUCGUCCCGUCUGAGGAUUCCCUCACUCCUGAGCACAAGGCUGUCAUCGACUUUCUGGCCCGACUCGCCGUUUCAGACUGCUCUCGCGUGAUUGGUAAAUAUUCCUCUUCUACCCCUCUCAUUCUUUCUAUUUUCUACCAGCUUACCUUUUCCUUUUUUUUAAUCUUUAGGACAAACUCACCAUGCCGAUGAGGAGCUUCUAGCGGCCUUUGAGAAGAAAAAUAACGUCUCCUUUCCCCCUCGAAUAAAUUUGAAAGGCGACAAGGCGUCUCUGUUGAAAAUCCAGGCGAGCGGAAAAUGGCCCCUUGGCGAGGAGGAUCCUCACCUUUCCCCGAAAAGGUUGAAUUCCAGCGAGCCUUCAGGGACGAUUCCCACCCAACACGGUCUUGUCGACUGCUCACUUUCCCGUCCAACAAUUAUCUCAUCGCCGCUUGGUCCGAACCUGACGUCUUCUGCCAAUGCCCCUCCUCCACCUGCUCAUACUUCCACCCCUUCCGCAGGGUCCGUGAGUCGGGGAUUCCCGUACUCUUUAACUUUGACAUCAACCCAAAUGGCGCGAAUGGACGAAGUUGUCAAGCAGCGUGGUUUGGAUAAUGUCUCUGAAGGGGCUGUGGCAGGAGUGCUCCACGCGUUCCACUACUAUAGGCGCUCCGCCCAGGAUGGUGACGAAUUACGAUCCGAAGUGGCACGUGAUGACCCGGGUUUAUAUGAUGUUUUUAGGGUUUUUCCUUGUAGGUUUUCAGUCUUUUUCUUGUGUCUCAUGUAGUGUUUCAUGCAUUCUCAUGCAUUUUUACUUUUAUUUGUGCAUUUGCAUUAGUUUAGUAAUUUUGUAGUUUUAUAAGGGCUUUAGUUGCAUUUGAAUAGAGUUUAAGAGUCAUAGGCAAUUUCCACUUGUUUUGGAGCCUUUGUGCAAAACUAACCUCUGAAUUUCUAGAUAUUUUCCUAGCUUUGUCAUCAAGUUUUCAGGUUGUAACAGCUGAAGAUGGAGUGUCUAGAGGUUUGGAGAAUUGAAUGGAGGCUUAAAGAGAAGUAAAGAGGAGUUAAAAUGAAGAUCAAAAGCCUUUUCAACGAGCUUUGAGCGCCUAGGCGCUGGGAAUUGGCGCCUAGGCGCUAGUUGUUUUUUUUGCCAAGCUUUGUGAAUUGGCGCCUAGGCGCCAAUUACCUUCCAGGGGCCAUAUUUUCAGCAUGAAUUGGCGCCUGAGCGCCCGGAACAGUCCAAACUCGUGAUUUUUGCCUAUAAAUAGGAUUUUAGUCAUUUUCUUUUGGAAUCUUUGAUAUCAAUUCCAUUUUUACAUAAGUUUAGAGGUAGAGGAUCAUCUAGGAGAGUGAGGGAAGGCUUCCAAGCUUGUAAUUCAGGUUCUUAGCCAAGCAUGGCUCUUGCCAUGCUUGGCUAAUCUCUCUUCUUUUACUUUGGUUUUCUUGUAAGACUUUUCCUUUUAAGUUAUAAUCUUAAGUUCUUUCCCACAUGUUCUUCUUCUUUCCUCGAACCCCAUAUCCAUGCUUUAUGUUUCAAGUUAGAACAUGUGCUAGCUUUAUGCUUUUCUAUAAUAGAACGGAAGUUUGUUAUAGAUUAGGGACUUGUUAUGGGAUUACCUCUUCUAUACUUGCUUCUAGGAAUAGAGGAAGGGUUGGGGUUUGUUGGUCUGAACUUUAUAAUCUUUAUGCUUCAAACAAAUGUUUAAGUACACAAGGAAUUGGGCUUAUCUUUUGGUUUGAAAGAAUUAUCUAUGCAAGGCAUCGAUAGGUAGUUGCUUAGGCUAUAACAUCAAGGAGAGAUUCAUGAGAACAUGUGCUUAGAAUGAUGUGCUUGAAUUGAUUAGUUGAGCAAGAACCCAAAGUAAAUCACUCUUUCUUUUCAUUUUCUGUUUCAUUUCUGAAUUUAUAUUUUCUUUUUCCUUAUUACUACUUCAACAUAUCUCUUAUUCAAUAAUACAAACCUUCAUACUCAAGGCUUAAGCUGAAUUUAGUCACUCACAAUCCCUGUGGUUCGAUAUUUAAAACCGGGUGGAUUCCGUACACUUGCGGAUUUACCAACAAGUUUUUGGCGCCGUUGCCGGGGAUUGUUUGUGAUUUUUGGUUUAUAUUACGAGUUUGAAGUAUAGUCUACCUAAGACUCUAACUUAGGGCUGAAUGGGAGACAACCCAUGUUCUUUUUCUGUUUUGUUCCUAUGUAUCAAUUUAACUGAUUCGUUCUUGUUCCUAGUGCUUGUUGUGACCUGAUCAAUUAUAACAUGAUUUGAGGUUUUGAAUUCUGUGAACCUGACCUAGAAUGGAUCAGCUAGUGAAUUUAAUUUUAAUUAGAUUCAUUGGUCAUGAGUUGAUAAGUUGAUACAUAGGAUCUUCUUUUUCUGUUUUACGUUUCUUCUUCUAGUUUUUCAGGAAAUAAAAGCCAAAGUGGAGAACACUUGGAGCACUCAAUCACUUGGAAGGAGGUUCUUUUCUUACCCUGAGUUUUAGUCCAUGCAAUUUUGCAUACUUUUCUUUUAUAGAUUUUGUUUAUCCAAUUUUAUCAUGCAUUGUUAUAUAGAGUCUUUUAUACCUUGGUCUUUAUUCCUUAUACUCAAUGACUUGUUCCCAAGUCUUGCUCACUCACAUGAUGCUGGUUUUGAAAAUGUUUUUAAGUGGAUACUUUGUGCUUUAUUUUGGGGAGUGAUUGUAUGUUUGGGAAAGAGAGGGAGAGACUUCGGUCUUCUAAGUGUUGUCUUAAGGAUAGAGUUGAUGUGAGUCCACAAGGGUCCAUCUUUGACCCUUCACUAUAUAAUUUCCCUGGAGGAUCCUGACUCACUUGCACUUCUUGGUUCUGUGUUUCAUUUCAUGCGUCCUUGAGUGUAGCUCUAGGAGACUUGCAUUCUUGAGACUGGUAGGUUUUCUUGUACUUCAGAAAUUGUUUUAUAACAUCUUUGUCCCUAAUUGACCCUUUCGAGCCUUAUGGAGAUUUCCUUGGUAUCUAUGUUUAACGGGCUGGUUGUUUGGAGGAUUCAAUGGGGAGUUGUGGUUCUUAACUCUUGAUGGAGCUAGUUUAUAAAAAGUGCAAUUGUCUCUUGCCCCAAAGAAAAAAAAUUGGAAAAAGUCAAAAGAGAAAAUGAACUCCAUGGUGUGGUGGAGUUCCAAAAAAAAAAGAAGAAAAAAUAUGAAACAAAAAGGGGUUAAGAGACUUGAGUGCUAAGUAUCAAUAUCUUGAAAGCUCCGGAAUUCCAAAUUUGACCACACUCAAAUUUUGUGCAGCCUUAGUCUUCCUUAGGGACCACCUACCUUGUGCUUUACCUAGCUUACAUUACAACCCUUUUGAAGUCUCAUUGAAUAAUGCAUUGUCAACUUUAGUUGCUCUUGAGUGAAUGAUUCUCAGAACCUAUGAACUUGCUUUUGUGCUCAGUGCACUAAACAAUUGUCUCAUGCUAGGAUGUUAGCUCUAAAUGCUUCUCAUAGUGGACUCUAAUUCUUCUUUGUCUAAGAGUUGCAUGAAGUUGAUUGUUGAAUCUUUAUCUUGGAACUAACUACAUUUACUUGAUCCCCCGGUUUUCUUAAAAUGUAUCCCUCUUUUGGCAUGUGUGUUGGGAGUAAUUCUUUGUGCUUGAGGGCAGGCUAAUCUUAGUGACGCUCGAGGGCGAGCUGUCGUUGAGUAUAGUGGUGUGAUGACCCGGGUUUAUAUGAUGUUUUUAGGGUUUUUCCUUGUAGGUUUUGAGUCUUUUUCUUGUGUCUCAUGUAGUGUUUCAUGCAUUCUCAUGCAUUUUUACUUUUAUUUGUGCAUUUGCAUUAGUUUAGUAAUUUUGUAGUUUUAUAAGGGCUUUAGUUGUAUUUGAUUAGAGUUUAAGAGUCACAGGCAAUUUCCACUUGUUUUGGAGCCUUUGUGCAAAACUAACCUCUGAAUUUCUAGAUAUUUUCCUAGCUUUGUCAUCAAGUUUCAGGUUGUAGCAGCUGAAGAUGGAGUGUCUAGAGGUUUGGAGAAUUGAAUGGAGGCUUAAAGAGGAGUAAAGAGGAGUUAAAAUGAAGAUCAAAAGCCUUUUUAGCGAGCUUUGAGCGCCUAGGCGCUGGGAAUUGGCGCCUAGGCGCUAGUUGUUUUUUUGCCAAGCUUUCUGAAUUGGCGCCUAGGCGCCAAUUACCUUCCAGGGGCCAUAUUUUCAGCAUGAAUUGGCGCUCAGGCGCUCUGAAUUUGCGCCUGAGCGCCCGGAACAGCCCAAACUCGUGAUUUUUGCCUAUAAAUAGGAUUUUAGUCAUUUUCUUUUGGAAUCUUUGAUAUCAAUUCCAUUUUUACAUAAGUUUAGAGGUAGAGGAUCAUCUAGGAGAGUGAGGGAAGGCUUCCAAGCUUGUAAUUCAGGUUCUUAGCCAAGCAUGGCUCUUGCCAUGCCUGGCUAAUCUCUCUUCUUUUACUUUGGUUUUCUUGUAAGACUUUUCCUUUUAAGUUAUAAUCUUAAGUUCUUUCCCA